AUGUUUUGCCUGUUUUGUAGCGCGUUGGUGACGAGAAAUGGCGGCAUUCUUGGAUUUAUAGCACGUUAUAUCUACUGGCCUUUUGAAGUUUUGUAUUUUCUUGUAGUGGUAAAAACUGAUCCUCUGGUUACUUUCUUUGCAUUUUACUCUUUUGAGUUGGCUGGGAUGUUGUUGGAUAACCACACUCAGGAGGACGACAAGUUCCAUGACCUCUCCAGUCUACUUCGUGUCGCAGCAGAUAACAUGCCUUGUGUAAGUGGAUUGCAUGACUAUGAUUAUCCCAGCUUCCUCAAUUCUGGCCUUGGAAUGGAUAUCUUCACUGAAAUUGGUGACAUUCGGAAAGUACCUUUGCCUGCCGAACUGGUUGAGCAUUUUGGACAUAUGCAAUGCCACUGUGCCAUGGGUUUAUUUCCUGAAAUUGAACGUGCAUGGUUGACAAUAGAUAGUGAUAUAUUUAUAUGGAGAUAUGAAGAUGGACAAGAUGUCCUCUAUUAUGAUGGAGUUGAUGAAACUAUUUUGUGUGCUGCUUUGGUUACUCCUAAAUCUGAUGUUUUCCAGUCAUCUAUAAAAUAUAUUUUGGUUCUUGCAACAACAGUUGAAAUUGUGCUCCUCGGAGUCCGCUUCACAGAUUCUUCUGUUGCUUCCAUUGCUGGUGAGUCAAAUCGAUUAAGUGCAGGUGAGAUGCAUCUUAUUACCGAGCCUCUUUUUACUCUACCUUCUGACAAUUUACACAUCAUCAGCAUUGUUGGCAUGAAUAAUGGACGCAUCUUUAUGGCAGGCAAAGACAGUUGUCUUUAUGAGUUGGCUUACCAGGGCCAAAAGGGCUGGUUUGGAAGACAGUGUAAAAAGAUAAAUCAUUCAACCAGUUAUCUCUCCUACUUGGUGCCUAGUUUUAUUAACAUCUCACUCACAGAAGAAGAUCCGCUCUUGCAGAUCAGCAUUGAUCAGUCACGCAAUAUUUUGUACACUCGUUCUGAAAAGGGAACCAUUCAGAUUUUUGACUUGGGUGAGGAUGGUUCUGGGAUGAGUCGCGUUGCUACAGUGCCUCUGUCAACCACUGUACAGACUGCCAGUAACAUUGCUGGUACAAUUGAUCCUUCCCUUUUCAAGCCCAUUAUCCACAUAGCAGCAUUGACAGCCUCUGAAUCGUCAAAUAUUCACCUUGUGGCCAUUACGCAAGCAGGUGUUCGAUUAUAUUAUGCUGCUAAGCCUUUUGGUCAAAAAAUCUUUUCCCGCAAGUGUCCUACCAUGUUGAGAUUGGUUCAUGUUCGUCUGCCUCCUGGCUUUUCUGCUAAUGCUGCCCAAGGACGGCCAACAAAUGUACGAUUGGCUCAUUACAAACGAGGCACUCUAUUAAUGGUUCAGUCUCAUUCUGAAGAAACAGAUCUGUUAUGGACGAUCAGUGGUGAUUGUUUGCCUUUCAACAAUGUACUUAUGGAGACCAAGACAAAUGCUCUUCUUGGUGGUAAUACGUGGACCAUGUGUGAGGUGCCUGUCUCAGAUUCUGAAACUUACAGUGACUUUAAACAGCGGCCUGACCCCCCAAUUGUAGUCACACAGCAUAAUGAGAAACCAAGAAAAUUUGUUUUCAUCAACUCUCAGGGAUGUCACAUUGUAUCUAAACUUAGACCUGUUGAUCAACUGAGAAGGCUGCUACUCUCAUGUCAAGGACCUGAAUCAGAAGAAGUGAAAGCCUUUUUCUCUUUGCACAAACCUGACCAAGCCUGUGCUGCCUGCUUAAUUUUGGCCUGUACAAGAGCCCCUGUGGAUCAACAGGUAGCCAAUUGGGCUCGAAUGGCUUUCUUCAUGUAUGGAGGUUACCCACAUGUAAAAUUGUCAAAUGAAAAUGAAUUUGGACCAGGUGGACCCACAAGUGUAGGAGCAGCAGCUUAUAACAGCUCAGGUAUUUCCCCAAUGCAAAGUUCUAAUCCCAUGGGACAGACUCCACAGCAGCAACAAUAUUCACAGUCUUACCAUUCAAGUGUAUUAGGGCGGGGAUCAACAACUGGGCAAGAUGUAGUUUUCUCAGGCAAACACAACGGAAUUUGUCUCUAUCUGUCACGAAUAUUAAGGCCAAUCUGGGAUCACCUUAUUGUAGAUGAAUAUUCUUGUAAAACAGAUGAUGGUUCCCUUGUUUAUUUGGUAUGCAAUUUCACAAGUGAACAGCUUGAGCACACACUCUCAUUAGUGCGAAACGUUUCUGAUUUCAUUGAUUUUAGUUCUCGACUUGAUCCUCCAUUGGCAACUGAAAGCCCAUCUAGCAAUCAUCUGAUGCCUUUUAGAAUGGCAGGUCCACAGUUUGAAGGUCAGCAUAUUGAUGAACAGACAAAGAAACAGUGGCAAAUUGAAUGCCAGAAUAUGGAACGAGCCUCACUACAGAAUGUACGAGAAUUGGCCAUCCAAGUUGAACAAGUCUUAGGUCUCCUCAAAGUAUUAGUUGAUCACCAAUUCCACAUGUUGGCUCAAAAGAUGACUUUGGAUCAACAAAACCAUUUGAAAACAAUGACGUUCAAACAGCUGGUCAUUUUAGGACGUGAUAUGUGCAAUGCCUUGAUCACCAGUUUGAUUGAUCGUUACCUUCAUGAUAAUGCAACAAUCGAUGUUGUUAGCAGCACACUGCGUAAAAUCUGUCCACGGCUUUACAGCACUGAUGAUGAAACCUGCUCCAAAGCUGUGGAACUGCUGCAGGCUGCAAAGGUGAAUCCUGACCAAAUGAAGAAGAAACAACAACUCAGGGAAGCUUUAAUGUUGUAUAAAUCAGUAAAUCAGCCAUUGCAGUUGUCUCCAGUCUGUAACCAACUCUCAUCUGCCCAAUAUUAUGAGGGAAUUGUUGAUAUCUGCUUGUGCAUUGCACAAAAACGUGAUCCCCAAAAUUUUGCCUUACAUUUCCACAAGAAUGGAGAACAACCUGAAGAUUCCCAAGGCAAACAAGCCUACAUGUCCCGAAUGGAAUGUUACAAGCACAUAACAGAAACACUUGGAUACCUUCUUUAUGCUAGUGUAUCACACCCACAGUCACCAAGUACACCAAAAUCUCCAGGAAAGGCUCCAGCACCAGAUCCUAACCGUUUGGCUCCAUCAGAAGCAGAGAUUCAGAAAGACCACGUGUUUAAAUUGGCUCUGAAGUCUGAUGAUGAACUAUUCCAUGUUGCGCUUUAUGACUGGCUAUUACAUCACAAUUUAAAAGACAAACUAAUUGAGAUCAAGAGUCCAUUUUUGGAAAAUUAUCUUAAAUGGAAAGUUAGCAUUGUUCAAGAGGAAAGGACCAUUAUUUUAGACUUGCUAUGGAAAUUUUAUGAAAAGAACAAGAAUUUCCCUGCUGCUGCUCGUAUUCUGUCUAGAUUGUCUGAAAAACAUGGAACUGAUCUUAGCCUAUCACAACGAGUAGAGUAUUUGUCUCGUGCUAUUGUAUGUGCUAAAGGUUCCACCUUGAUGACCAGUGUAGCUACAGAGGGAGAAUUCUUGCAUGAGCUUGAAGAAAAAAUGGAGGUGGCUAAGUUACAAAUGAUGGUGUACAACAAACUAAGUAGCAAUUCAGGAAACAUUGCAAAUUCACGGGACGUCCUACAAGCUCUCAAUUCUGACCUUUUAGAUAUUUCUGCUUUAUAUGGUGAAUUUGCUGAGCCUUAUAAUCUUCAUGAGUGCAAACUGGCCAUUGUCCAUUCCGCUGGAGUCUUUGAUCCUGCUCUCAUUGAAAACCUUUGGCAAAGUAUCAUUGAUACAGCUGUGAAUAACGCCCGAAAUAUUUCCAGUGUGAUUGACCCAAUCAAUAUUUCCAGUCAGCUGUUGCCAAUUGGAAAGCAGUAUAUCUCGGCUGAACGUUACUUCCCUGUUGCCUUUAUCACCAAAUAUCUUGAACAGUGCAGCUGUCAACAUAAUCUUUCCACCACUUGGGUGUUCAAUACACUUCUUGACGUUGGAGUAAAACCAACAAAAUUAUUACAGAUUUAUGAUUCCAUAUUCAAAUUCAGAGAUCCAUGCUGGCACAAAUACCAUAGACCACUUCACAUUCUCACAGUCCUUUUUCAUCUUAUUGACAAACUGACCAGUACACCAAGUUUGAUUGCAUUAUCAGAACGACGGCAAUUUUCUACUUACUGCCUUGAUGCUGUGUCUGGUUACCAAGUAGAGUUGCAGGCCAUCAGCAGCACAGACCCUGAUGUCUGCCAUUUGGUUAAUUGUUUCAGAUCUAUCAGAGAAAGAGAAGGCUAUAGAAGAGUGAACGAGACAGAAAGAAAAAGUACAGAUAUUUAUUCAGAUUUAUUAUUUGAUUCCGACUUGUUGGACGUGACAAGUUGUAAAAACUCAAAAUGGUGA